GAAAGUAGGAGAGGCUAUCUACCUUUCACAGCCUUCCAAAGCAUUAAGAAACCGAGCCACGCCAGCUCAGUUGCUCAAUAUGUUUGUGACUGUGCUUCUGAUAUGCAUUUUCAUUUUCACCCUGUUUCAGGCUUUGAAAACCAGGAGAUUUAGAAAUUUUCCACCCGGACCGCCAGCUGUUCCAUUUCUUGGAAACAUUCUACAGCUGAACUUGAGAAAUCCCUUAAAAGAUAUGAAAAAGCUCUCGGAGACAUAUGGAAAUGUCUACAGUGUGUUUAUUGGGAGCACUCCUGUUGUAAUCCUCCACGGGCUGCAGGCAGUAAAAGAGGCUCUGGUCACACAAGCAGUUGAAUUUGCUGGAAGACCUCAGGGUCUCUUAGUCAACGAUGUUACUGAAUAUAAAGGAGUGAUCAUUGCCAACUACGGCACUCAUUGGAAGGAGCAGAGACGAUUUGCUGUCAGUGCAUUGCGCAAUUUUGGCUUAGGCAAAAAAUCAAUGGAGGCCAGGAUUCAGGAAGAGGUUGCACACCUGACAGAGAGCCUAGAACAGUACAAAGGUCAGAUUAUGAGUCCUCACACGCUCCUUCACAAUGCUAUGUCCAAUGUGAUUUGCUCUAUAAUGGUGGGGCAACGUUUCAGUUACAAUGAUAUAUUCUUUCAACAAAUGAUCCAUUAUUUAUCAGAGAAUCUGCGACUAAUCAAUGGGCCAUGGGGCAUGCUUUAUGAUGCCUUUCCCAUUAUUCGUCCUCUACCCCUCCCUUAUCGGAAAGUGAUUAACAACGCAUUCAAGUAUAAAUCAUUCUUUAAAUCCAUAGUUGAAGAGCACAAGAAAACAAGAAUAAUAGGGGAAGUAAGAGACAUCAUUGACAGCUACCUAGAAGAAAUGGAGAAGAGAAAAAAUGAGCAGUCCUCAUUUGAUAAUGAAAACUUGACCUUACUUCUGACUGACUUAUUUGCUGCUGGCACAGACACCACGUCAAGUACACUAAGGUUUGCCAUCCUGUAUUUGAUGAUUCAUCCAGAUAUUCAAGCAAAGUGCCACCAAGAAAUUGACACUGUCCUUGGGCAAAACAAAGACUUCAACUUUGAGGACAGACUAAAAAUGCCCUACAUACAAGCUACAAUUCAUGAGAUUCAGCGCUUUGCUGAUAUUGUACCUCUAGGUGUAUUUCACGCAACCACCAAGGAGACACACCUGUGUGGGUACAAGCUUCCCAAGAACACAACUGUGAUUGCCAAUCUCUCUUCAGUUCUCCAUGAAGAGACUCAGUGGAAAUUUCCAUACGAGUUUAAUCCAUCUAACUUCCUGAAUAGCCAGGGAGAGUUUAUCAAACCAGAGGCAUUCAUGCCCUUCUCUGCAGGUCCACGGCUUUGUCUGGGAGAAGCUCUUGCUAAGAUGGAGAUUUUCUUCUUCAUGGUGGGACUGUUACGUCAUUUUCAGUUUAUAUGGCCACAAGGCUGUGGAGAGCCAGACCCUACUCCAAUGUUUGGACUCACUCAGGAGUCAACAAAAUAUAAAAUGAUUUUUAAAGUCAGAGAAAAGCUGAACUAAAAUGCCCAGUGAGAAACUGGGAUAUAAGAAGAAUAUCCUGCCGAGCAGAAAUAAUCAGUCAUUUUUUAAUAAAAGUGGUAUGAUACAAAACACCAAAUCAGGCAGGAAUCUUGCUCGACAUAAAAGAAUAUACAAUGAAUGUUAGAGUGCAAGUGUAAUACAAGGCUUAUAUAUGUGUGUGUCCUUUGAAUAUGUUGGCUAUGACUACCUUAAUCUAUGACUAUUUUACUAAAUGAAAGUACAGUUAAACUCUAAUUUCCUGAUGUUAAACUUCAGUGUAAGACUGACAACUACUUGUAAAAUGAGUUAUUGAUCAUGAGGUUUAACUUCUGCCUACCCAAUUACGAGACUUUUAAAUCCAGGUCUGAAUUUGUCUGCAAUAUUGAAGCUUAUUUUUUAAACAUG